CCAACGGUGCUGUGAAAAGGAACGGUUACCAAAUCCUUCUUUCUCUUUUAUCACCUUGUAAAGAUGGUGAGUUUUAGAAAUUGUAUUUCAUUUUAAAUCCUUUAUAAUCUCGAGCUAUUAUUUGUCUUCAGAUAGUUUUGUUAUUCCAUGAGGAUAGAUUAAUAUCUGUACAAGACUCUCAGCAAAUUAUUGUGAAUUAUGUGGAAUAUUUCAUCUAUAUUUUUCAAUCAAAUAUAGACUGCCCGACUGAAAAAAACUCGAAAGCUUCGGGGGCAUGUAAGCCACGGUCAUGGACGUGUCGGUAAGUUGUAGUUGUUAUAAUAUUGCUCAUCUGGUGGCAAUCGUGAUAUUUUUAUUGUGAAUACUGGCAGUUUAUUCUAUAUACCGGUUUCACAUUGAACAGUAUAACCCAUUUUUAAUACAGUAAUACGAAUUUAAACAUUCUACAAAAAUUUUAAGUUUUUGCAAUGUUUAUUUCCAGAUUGGUUAUAAGUCUGACACCGGAUCUUCUUGUUCUACGGUUAUAGAUCUAUGAGUGGGCUAGAUAUUUGUAGAAUAAUCAAUGCACUUUAAAGCCUGAUCCUUGCCGAUGCAUGCACAAGCAUGAAGCAUAUUAUAAAGAAGGAUCAAAGUAUUGAUUUCUUAUGCACUGUCCUCACUACGAUGCAGCACAAUGAUCUAUUACCACAGAACAAGAAGGCCUGGUGUUCGGCCUAUAAUGACGGCAUUAUUUUAAGCAGUUGUUGCUUGUCAUUUUAAGCGUGCAGCAUAAGUGAAAAAUUUUGGUUUAGGCUUCAAUUAAAAUGAUAACAUUUUGGCUGAAGCACUUUGAAAUAUUAGCCUAUGUAAUGCAUUGAACAAUUGUAAAUCUGAUGUUUGUGAUGUUACUCUGAGUGUAUAUCCACACCGGACAAGCUUGAAAAAUAUGCCUGGCCAGGGUGGGAAUCGAACCUACGACCUUUGGAAUACUAGCCCACAGGCCUCGAAUUUCCCUGAAAUCAAUUGACGGCAAUGACAUUAAAAAUUGCUGUAGAAGGUAACAGCUAACAAUUUUGGCAGUUUCCACGGCAUUUUUCAAAUUACUGUAAUAAAAAUUUAAUUUUAUUGUUAUUUUGGAUUGUUGACAAGCUAGAAACAUGUCUGCGUAUUUCUUUAGUGUUUUUUCGAAGAAAACUGAGACUAAAAUAGUGAUUUACGCAUGAUUUGAUCAACAUCUGAAUUCAGGUAUCAAAGUUGUAAUGCACAGUGAAUAGUAUAAAAAUGGCACUAUAUAUUUUGUUCUCCCUCUAUAGCAAUUGCCGCGAUAAAAUUCAAGCCCUGCUAGCCCAAUGCUCUGCCAAUUGAGCUACAUGGUCAGCUCGGUUCGAGUAUGUGAUAUUUCGGAACUGAGUCUAGUUCCUUCAAUAUCAAUGCAAUCUAGUAAUAUGAUUUUUGGUUAUUAGAUUACAUUGAUAUCGAUGGAACUACAUACUCGAACCGACCUGACCGUGUAGCUGAGUUAGCAGAGCAUUGGGCUAGUAUUCCAUUUAAUGUUGUAGGUUUGAUUCCCAUCGUGGCCAGUCAUAUUUUUCAAGCUUGUCCGGUGUGGAUAUAUAACACUCAGAGUAACAUCACAAACAUCAUAUUCACCUGAGUACAUAACACCAACACAGAAAAAAUUGUAAAUCUGUUAUAUUCUAUUUCCAAAUUGUUAAUUUCAUAAGGUAGAUGAUUGUAUGCCUAGUGAAUGUUUUGACACAGAAACAUGACACUCUAUGCAGACCUCGAAAUAAAUCUGGACGUUAUACCGGUCAUGAUAAGUGGUGGAUCACUAAAUUUACCGGUCAGAACGGAAUUUAUGCCGGCCAUUGUCACUCCUUAGCUUCUUUCCCCCCUCAUCUUUCGCAUGAUUCGUGACUUUAGAAACAAUUGUCUAUUUUGAAUUGCAUUUGUAGCUAUUAGGGGUGCACCGAAACUAGUUUUUUAAGUUCCGGCCGGAACCGGAUCCGACCGGAAGUUCCAGCCGGAACCGGAACUAAUUUAUUAAGCCAUAUAUAGUCAUAUGUUACUUUGUCCGCUGCCAGACAGGCAGACACUUCAAGUCAUAAAGGAGAGAGCUCGCAAAUGUUAGAAUAAAAAGAUUGACAAGCGUUAAACGUCAUAAUGAAGUGUUAGUAGUGUACAUUUCCCUUGCGUAGUCCAAAUUUCUUCCUACUGUGACCUUUUGUUAGACACAAAAACGUUUGAUAUUCUAUCUCUCUGAAAACAACAGAGUUCCGGUUCCGGCCAUGCUUUUUUUACUAGUUCCGGCCGGAACCGGAACUCUAAAAAAUCCGGGUUCCGGCCGGAACUAACCGGCCGGAACCGACUUCCGGUGCACCCCUAGUAGCUAUACAAAGUAGAAGUAAUUACAGCGCAAUUUACACAUGAAUAUUUCAUUUUUGGACGCUGACAAACAGAGCAAUUGUUUGCCAUGCUUGCUAGUUUUAACUUAGAUAGAGUGAUAGAGUGAUCCACCACUUAUCAUGACCGGUAUAACGUCCAGAUUUAUUUUGAGGUCUGCAUAGAGCUCUACUUGUCAUGUUUCUGUGUCAAAACAUUUACUAGGCACACAAUCAUCUGCCUUAUGAAAUUAACCAUUUUACCUUGUGAUUUAAGACUUAAAAGUCUUAAAUCACAACUGUAAUUUGAGUUGCAAGCAUGCUGUAAGGAUGCAUCCCAGUUACGCGUUUUUCAUAUAGCUACGUGCGUACGUAAAAGAUGAAAUUGUUUUACAUCCUACUUAUGAAAUAAAUAGAGAAUAAUACAUGGGUGGGCGGAAAUACCAGAUUUAUUUCGAGUGUUGGACAUGAUAUCUCACAAGUGAGCACAGCGAACGAGUGAGAUAUCAUGGUCAACAUGAGAAAUAAAUCUGGUAUUUCCAAGCACCCAUGUAUUUUUCUGUUUAUUAUAUAAAGGACAGUCUUUGAAAAGCGAUAUUUUUUACAGAAAAGCGAUAAUUGAAAAGCGAUAAUUUUCACAUGUAAGGUUAUCAUGAUUAAUCUCACAUGUGAGAUUAUCACUUUUAUCAGUGCUCGACAUCUCUAUAAAGCACUGUACUUUAUAUAAUAAUUGCAUUUAUAAAAGGACAGCAUUCAGUUUUGUGUAUGAUUUAAUGUGUAUUUGUUAACUAAAGGUUAUUUGCACUAAUAUGAAAGAUUUAAACCUUUCGGUAGCACAUGUGAAAAACAUGUAACUGGAAAACAGCCCUUAGGCACAAUACUUGCGGUAUAUUGGAUCCGUACGACAAAAUGUGUAACUUCGCCACCCUUAUUAGCCUGUGGACAUUCACUUCUUUGGAAACUUGGAAAUGAACAAUCUGCUCCAUUUUUGAACGUACUUUUUUAUUAAAAACAUUAGUGGUCACGCAUGUCCGCCAGGCGACAAUAUUUGCCUGUCAAACUGUGAAAUUUUACCGGUCAGUGACCGGCACUUAUUUCGAGGCCUGCUCUUUUGGGAGAGGGGAUGGAUCCACAUUUGGUACUAUUGCAUACAUGUGUAGGAUUGAUUUAUGUACAGAGUGUCAUAUAGAUGCCGACGCUUGAUUGCAGAUUGUGUACAAACUUCAUCGAGGUUCAAAAGUGGUCACAAGGGGCACAAAAAGGUUAUCACAUGGUACAUAAAAUCAUAAUCGCUAGGGCCAAUUUACCAUUUUAGCUGUUUCGAUAGCACCUAAGAUAAUACAGAGAGUACUCUUUUUACCCUAUCCCAACACAUACAUUUCAAUGUCGAACCUCUGCAAUGAUGAUCAGUGCUGGAUCUAUUGUCGACAUUUUAAAAAGUGUACAUCUGUAAUUUACUCCGAACCCACAACGUUUGGUUUGCUAGUCUAGUGCUGUACCAACUGAGCUGCGAGGUCAAGUCAGUUCGAGUGGGUGGUAAAUUUGGAACUCAGUCUAGUUCAGAGGGUUUAAAUUUCAGAAUCUUCACAGAGUGACGAAGCAAGUGGUAACGUUGCCACCACAUAGCCAGUCACCUACUUAAUUCUUUCAAAAUGCCUCCUAGUUCAAAUUAUGUUGAGAACCCUGCCCACUGUACGAUUUGUAUGCUGUGCAAGUGUGGAAAUUAUGGAUGACAGACUGGUAAAUGUUUUUAGUUUACAACUGAACACUCAGUGUCAUUUCAAUCUAGGUAAACAUAGAAAACAUCCUGGUGGUCGAGGUAAUGCUGGUGGUCUGACACAUCAUAGAAUCAACUUUGAUAAAUAGUAAGUGUACUCAGUAGUGUAAUAAUUUUUAUAAAAUAACAUGUAUAUAACGUGUGCUCUGAUUGGUUGAAACCCGUGUUUGGAUCAGGCCAUCCAAACACGGAAAUUUAAAGUGCCUUCGCAGGAAUUUUAAACUUUGUUGUUAUUUUAUAAUUAAACAAAUACUUUAUGGUUUCUGUGUUUGGAUGGCCUGAUCCAAACACUUGGGAAUGUUGCUCGGGUUAAGAAAAGCGCGCAAAAUCACUUGCCUUUGGCUCGUGUUUCGCGCGCUUUUCUUAACUCUCGCACCAUUCCCGCGUGUUUGGAUCAGGCCAUCCAAACACGCAAACCAUAAAGUAAUUGUAUAAUACUAAAUUGACCUUUGAUGAAAUCUUACACAAUGACAAAAAAUGGUGUAUUUAGUUUUGAUGAGUUAAUGAGUCCUUUCAGAGAACAUCCAUACAUACAUGUACUUCCCCCACAGGUACAGGGGAAAUUCGGUUUUUGAAAAGUUUAAAUUCCCCUUGUACUUUCAGGUAGUUGUAUCCCCAUCGAGCCAAAAGCUUUCUUAUUAUCGGCAUUACCUACACUGGCACUGACCAUUCAAGUAGUCUCAAGACCUGUUUACACUUGCAAUAUUUGCUGCAAUUUUAGGUCCGAUUCUCUUCUGAUGAAUGUGAAUGUGUAGAUAGGUGAGCAGGCCUCGAAAUAAAUCGGGGCGUUAUACCGGUCUAAUUGUCCGGUGGAUCACAAAAUUUACCGGUCACAGCGGAAUUUGUGCCGGUCAUUGUCACUCCUUAGCUCCUUACCCCUCAUCUUUCGCGUGAUUCGUGAGUUUAGAAACAAUUGUGUAUAUUGUAUUGAUUUGUGUACAAAGUAGAAGUAUGGCAUUCGUCAAAGCUGUAGUAGUAAUUACAGCGCAAUUUACACAUUAAUAUUUCGUAUUUGGGCGCUGACAAACAUAGCAAUUGUUUGCCAUGCUUGCUUGUUAAGUUGCAAAUGACAACUGUAAUUUGAGUUGCGAGCAUGCUGUAAGGCUUCAUUCCAGUUACGCGUUUUUCAUAAUUCACGUAAAAGUUGAAAUCUCUUUACAUCCAGGGCUGCAAAUAAAUAUUUGACUUGACAGGACAUUUGUCCGAUCACUUUUAAUUUUGGUCGGACAUAACUUGAAUUUGGUCGGACAAAAACCAACGCCACUAAAUUUGGUUGGAAAUAUAUACGCCACAAGAUAUAUAUAAGUCACAGGAGACAAGUAUGUAAAGUCAUUCCAGCGCAAAGUUAAGUAAAAUGCUAGAAUGCCUCGUAAAUUUUAUUGCAAAAUGCAAAUUGACUGAAUUUGCAAUCGGAUUUUGUCACAGCAAAAAAAUGUAUAAUGUGACAAUUUUUUUGUGAUCUGACCAAUGUCCGAUCAAAAUUACUUUUGCUCGGAUAUUUGCCAAAUUUAGUCGGACAUUGUCCGAUGUCCGACAGUAAUUUGCAGCCAUGUACAUCCUACUUAUGAAAUAACUAAAUUUAUUUAGUAUUCAGUUUUGUGUAUUUAAACUUUUCUGUCGCACAUAUGAAAAACGCGUAACUGGAAAACAUCCCUUAGGCACAAUACUUGCGAUAUAUCGUAUCCGUACGACAAAAGUGUCACUUCGCCGGCCUUAUUAACCUGUGCCGAAAAUCAACUAUCAAACUUGGAAAAUCAACAAUCUGCUCUAUUUUUGAACGUACGUUUUUGUUUAAAAAAAUUACUGGUCACGCAUGUCCGCCAAGCGACGAUAUUUGCCGGUCAAACUGUAAAAUUUACUGACCGGCGAGGCCUGGAGGUGAGUAUAUGUACCCUCAUCUGAACAUUUAUGGAGCAUUCACUAGUGAUUGACCGAUUGCGUCACCAUCUGGAUUUACCGAUUAUUCGUGCAACACUCUUAACCGAUACCGAUUUUUUUAUGACGUCAUAAUAUGAUCAGUUGAUUGAAUAAAGGUGACAUCAUUCAUUUUGAUUUGUGCAAAAAUAAAAUUGCACACUUUUGGUUGUUGAAAAAAAUCAGUUUAUUUUUGUCUCUUGUUUCAAAUGCUUUCAUUGGUCAAUUAUUUGCUUGGCUUGCUCCGCACCUAAUAUGCAGGCAUACUAUGGGCCGCACAAGAAGUUAAACAUUUCACACUUGAUUUUCGAUUUUUUUAUAGAAAAGGGACAGAUUCAAGCGCUUGUAUGUGCAUCAAUGCGCGAUGUAUAUAAUUUUUACAGCUGUGAAUUUUCUCAACAAUCGGUUGUACACAAUCGGGAAAUACAUAUGUAAUACUACCGAUGCAGAUUGUCUACCGAUAAGGCAAAAAUCAGCCCGAUACCGAUUAUCGGGCAAUCACUAACAUUCAUGACCCAAUACUCGUCACUCAUUCAUAUGCAUCAGAAGAACAAAAUUGCACUGUAACUCGCACUGAAAAUUGCAGGUGUAAACGGGUCUUAAAGUAAAUUGUAUAGAGUGCAUUAUGGCUUAAUGUGCUGCUGAAUUAUGGCUUAAUGUGCUGACUGCAGAAUUUUAAUAGGUUGUGCUGAUUAUGUUUUCUAGCCAUCCUGGUUAUUUUGGCAAAGUUGGAAUGAGAUAUUUUCACUUGACCAGAAAUAAAUACCACUGUCCUACAAUCAAUUUGGACAAACUGUGGUCUUUAGUAAGUGAACAGACCCGCGAAAAUUACAAGAAGAAGACAGACGGUCCUGCUCCCGUCAUUGACGUAGUGAGAGCCGUAAGUAUUGUGCAGACCUCUAACAAUGGAAUAUGGAUGUUUCCAGCUGUAGACGAUAUUUUGAUCUAGACAAGAAGAACGAAAUCCAUUACUGUAGCUGGAAAGAGCAUCUUAAAAUGAGUAAAAUUGCAAAGUUUGGUUGCGAAUUGUUAUAAAAUGAGGAAAAUACAGCCCUGUGAAUUCGCAAAUUUUACAUAUAUUUGCAUAACGCGUGGGAAAAAUAACCAUUUUUCAGCCGAAAGUGGUUAUUUUUACCGCGCCUAAUACAAAUAAUGACAACAGUCCUUUAAACUCCCGAAAUUCCAGGUCGGCAAGAAAUUGCCGACCUAAAAGCAAUAAUUCUCAAUCUAGGUCGGCAAAUAUUUUCAAAACAAAUAGACAAUAUCCAAAUGAAAAUUUAAUUUGCUUGCUGCAAAUACGCGUUUUUAACAAACAGCAAUUAAUUGCAAUCAAUGCCAAUAGCAAACAAAACGAUUAACAAAAUGUGUGAACUCCAAUCGAACAGUGCAAGUUGUGACCAAAUGUUGUGACAGACCAUACACUACUUUAUUACCAGGCCAAAAAAAAAUGUGGGUUUCCGGUUUCUUCUUAUAAAAGCUUAGAUAGGGUAGGUCGGUUUUAACUUUUUUUUUAAUUUUUCGAACAAGCGGACGCCAUUUUGUUUAGUCAGUGCUUCCACAUCCAAAGAUAAAUUUCCCUAAUAUUGCCUCAAAUUUCAAUUUUCCACAAAUUUUUUCCUCUAAGUGGAAACACUUACAAGCAUGAUCCAAUAAAAAAGUUUAGGGUCGGGAUUUCGACGUCCAAAAGCUAGGUAGGGUCGGGAAACCGGAAACCCACAUAUAUUUAUUUGGCCCCAUGUACUUUCGCUUAAAUCUUGAAGCUGGACGAUUUUAACACGUAUAAGUAUCACCUUUCAACAAUGAAAUUGCAAUGUUUACACAAGGAUUAAAUUUGAUACUCGCAAAGCGACGCAAGCUUAUGAUCAAAACCUGAUAAUUUAAGCAUCAUCGUUGAAAAUGCCUAUGUGUCACUAUGUAUGUGAAAGAUGCGUUCGCGGAAAAAAUGCCGAUACGUAUUUGAAAGUAGGUCGGCAAAAUUUUGCCGACCUAAAUCUACACAUAUCGCUUUGAUCGGCAUUGCCGAUUGCCGACCUGAGUUUCAAGGACUGUACAAAAUUUGCGAACUUCACAGGGCUAUAUUUUAUUCAUUUUACUACAUUUAGCAACCAAUCUUUGCAGUUUUACUGAUUCUAAGACGCUCUUUCUUGUGGUGUGGGAUUUCGUUGUUCUUGCCUUGUCAAAAUUUAGCUGGAAUCACCCAUUGUAGGCUGUUAAAUUGCAAUACCAUGUGCAAAAACUCGAAAUACUACCAAUACUUUUUCAUUGUCUUUCGUGUUUUAUAAAUUGAUUAUAUAUAAUAUAGCAUUUGUAAAUUCUGAACGCUGAUUGGCUAAGAGCCGUGUUGAUAUAACUCCAUGUCAACACGGGAAAUUUUCCGCCGCUUGUAAACACGGAAAUUUUACUUAUUCUUCGGGCUUUUUACAUUGCUAUAUUAUAAAACAAAUAUAAAACAUUUUUUCCGUAUUGAUAUGUAGUUAUAUCAACACUCGUGGAAGUUGGGAAAACUCAAAAUUGUAUGAAAACACUCCGCCCUUCGGGCGUCGUGUUUCCACACGAUUUCUCGUUUUCCCAAUUUCCACUCGUGUUGAUAUAACUGUAUAUCAACACGGAAAAUGUUUUAUAUUUGUUAAUUUGAAAAUGAUUAGAACUCGUAUUGAAAAUGUUAUAUAAACAAAGGAAAUUAAACGAGAAAUAAUAUGCUGAUUGUCUAACAGUUCAAGAAUAUGGAAAUCAAUCUCUAAAAGUCACACAGUAAGACCUCGCGUAUAAGAAGCUGGAUUUUAAGAACCUGUUAUGCUAAAAUAGCUUAUUUAGACCAUCUUUAUAUAAUAACCUGUUCAGGCUAAAAUUUCAAACCGUUUUUUUAUUUUUAUCACUCUAAGAGUUGAAACCAAAAAUUUAUAAAUCAAAGAAAGUAAACUCUUCACAAAGUAAUGAAAAUGACCCACAAGUCACAGUCCUGAUUACUGUGUGUCAUAACAAUAAACAUGUCUGUUUGAACAUCAACAAAAUAUAACUGCACCUACACUAACCGAAAUUCAGUCGCUUUUUCUUUAGAAAAUAAGAACCUAUUUAGCCUAAUUUCACGAUAAGCACCAUUUAUACAAGAACCUGUUUAGGCUAACUUGAAAAAUCUAGGUUCUUAUACUGCGGGGUCUUACUGUAUAACUUCAAGAAUCUUUGGCGAUAGAAAAUCGCUAGGCACCCAAAUAUUAAAUUUGCCCUGGGACCCCAACUUUCUCUAUGUGGCCCAGCUUGCUUUUCCCGCCUGAGCGAGUAACCCGCCUCAAUGCUAACCGUCCUAACAGAGAACUUAUUUUCUAGGGCUAUUAUAAAGUUCUUGGUAAAGGUUUACUGCCAAAACAACCUGUGAUAGUCAAGGCUAAGUUUUUUAGCCGCAAGGCGGAGGAAAAGAUCAAAAACGUCGGUGGAGCAUGUGUGCUUGUAGCGUAACUGAAAUAAAUAUUCAAUUCAACUUUUACUGUGUGCUUUUUAUCUUUUUCUUUGUGAUAUGUUUACAACACGCUCUUGGUUG